AUGUCCCUGAGCCUUCGCUUCGUCCAAAAGCUGCCGCAGCGCCUCAAUGUGCUGCAGCAGCAGCAGCAGCAGCAGCAGCAGCAGCAGCAGCAGCAGAAUAACGCGGCUGGUAUACUAGCCGCGGCAAACACUGCAGCAGCAGCAGCAGCAGCAGCAGCAGCAGCAGCAGCAGCAGCAGCAGCGGCGGUGCCGAGAGCAGUGGCAGCAGAAGUUCAGAGAGCAGCAGCAGCAGCAGAAGUGUCGAGGGCAGCGGCAGAAGAGCAGCAGCAGCAGCAGCAGAAGUGCAGACAGAAGCAGCAGAAGAGCAGGAAGCAGCAGCAGAAGUGCAGCAGCAGAAGCAGAAGAACGGCAGCAGCAGCAGCAGCAGCAGCAGCAGGCAUGAAGACCAGCAAAAGCAGCAACAGCAGAAAUGGAAAGCAGCAGAAGCAGCAGCAGCAGAAAUGCGGACAGAGCAGCAGCAGCAGCAAAAGCAACAGCAGCAGGAAGGAAGACCAGCAGCAGCACCAGCAGCAGCAGAAAGAUCAGCUGCAGCAGCAGCAGCAGCAGCAGCCACAUUGA